AUGACUUCGAAAGCUGCGCCGGAGGAAAGUGGCCGAACCACCGCGUCUCAAGAUGUCCACUACCAAAACGAUUUGACUCUAUCUCGCACUCCGCAGCCUUACCAUCGACGGGGCGAUGAUCUCGCAACAAGAGAGGAACAGAUCAAUACCAAUGGGACAGCAUUUCUUGAAGUUCCAAAUGGCCACGCCGUGCAGGCGGCCACAACCAGCACCAUCAGCCGGCCGGAUUCGAGUGAGAGCGGAACAGAGGCCGACGACGAAAAGGGCCCUCUUCUAAAAGGUCUUCCUGCACCACGCUUGCGGGCGAGGAAGGGCCUGCGAGGGAGUACUCCCGCCGGCCUUACUCCUACGGACAGUCCUCUGCCUACACCGCCAGCGUUCCUCGGUGCAUCCGAGUUUCGGUUUUUUGAUGGCUACCAAAACCGAGCAGCAGGCAACAACAGCACGGGCGAGCGAGGAGGAGGAAAAGAUGCUACGGCCAAGUCCGCUGAGUUUGAAGGGUACAAGAGGCGGAAACGGCAGGAGAUCAUUCGACGAUGUACAGAGGUCUCGCUUCUUUGCGGAAUCGGAGCAACUGUCUGGUUUCGAGCGCGAGACAGAGCAGGUCCCUGUCUUGCAGACUGGUUGAACGAAUUGACAUUCUCUUUGCUCUUGCCGCUCUGCGUCUAUCUAUUCUAUCCAGUUCGACUGACGCUACGAGCACGAGCUCGAGCUCACGGAGCGACGAAUAAACCCGCCCUGCUACAAGCCGCUCGGCGCGGGUUCCAUAUUCCCUCACGGUUUGAUCCGGGGCCUUUACUCUAUCCUGUGGCUCUGCCCGUCAUGAUAGCGCUUUCGCUGUUCGAGCGAAGUGCCGACUUUCUUCCAGGAGCCAUUGUUUGCGGCCUGUCGUCGAUGCCUCCGGCGGUUACAGCUACACCAACCAUGCCAGCUGUUGGAGAGUACCUACACUGGGGGAUCUCGGUAUUGCCGCUGCACGCCUCAGCUCUUAGCCUCUACUCAUCCAGGCCGUCGAAACCAAAUUCCUUGAAGAUCGACUCACCGCUCACCCGAGAAGACCUGGCGUUGAUCUUCCCGCUUCAUCAGGCGCUCUUGACCGUGUUGAGCUAUCUUACCACGUCAAGCCUGGACGUUUCGGAAUUACAUCUGCUGUCUACUGCUCUGAUUCAUCUCUACCUCUUCUCCCACACGCCUCAGGCUGAGAUACUCAAGGCACUGCUCUGGCUCGGAGGGUUGUGUAUCUUCGUGUCUUGUAAGAACUUUCUGGAAUGGGAGGUUGCUUUGGCAAGGAUUCCGGCUUGGAAGCUGUGUCGCAAGCGUCGUCAAAAGGGUCAGAGUCUUUUCUCCCAGAUUGAUCAGACUAUAUGUCAGUGGCUUGUGGGGCGGAAAAAUACACAUCGCCGAGGGGUCUCUUCGGAUAGCGACGAAGGUUCGUUCAACGCCUUUCGCCGAGUGCUGCCGCGUCCGAACCUCGUUGUGAAUGGGAGUGCUUCGACAUCCUUGGCUAAUGGUCACAAACCUGUUUCUGAGCGCAACACCUUCACGCGCUCCGAGUUUGGAAGUGGGAAGACACAGUCUGUGGCCACCAGCCGGUCCUCUGCUUUCCGGUCUUUCAGCCUGGAACAAGCAAAGGUCCGGAAAUAUGCAUAUGCCGCGAUCGUAUAUUUCUUCGUGGCAGCGAUUUUACUGGGCCCAGUCCGGAUAUAUAUCGGCCAACGAGCACUUGCAGGCCAUGAACCUCUCGGUUGGGCCCUCGGGUACCUUCUGGGGAACCUUCCAACAUUCCGCUUUUGGGUGGUCAGCAAUAACCUCGAUCGAUGGAUUUGUCUUCCAGCACACAUGACAGCCGAUCCCUCAUCGACUGGACCCCAGGGAUGGAUUGAAAAUGGCCGUCAAUACAGCGUCGGUCCUGCCAACACCCGUUUACUUCUAUGUGCAUAUUACGUGGCGGUGCUGCUUUGCGGCAUUACUGUGGUGGUUCGACUCACUUCCCUUGUCCAAGUGGACACGCGACGGAAGGUGUUCCACGGCAUCAUGGUCAUUAUGCUUCUGCCCACCAUUUUCGUGGAUCCCUGUUUCAUCGCCCUGGCUCUGGGUUUGGUGUUGGCCAUUUUCUUGUUGCUGGAUCUCUUCCGGGCUUCACAACUACCGCCAAUCUGGAAGCCGCUGACUACAUUUCUGGCGCCAUACGUGGAUGGCCGUGACCACCGAGGACCAGUGAUCGUGUCGCACAUUUUCUUGCUGAUUGGGUGCGCGAUUCCGCUCUGGUUGUCCCUGGCGGCCGCUCCUCGCAGUGGUCAAGAGCCAUGGGUCGGAUGGGAUACAUCAAUCCGGGACUUGAGCAUGGUCAGCGGCGUUAUCUGCGUCGGGCUCGGCGAUGCGGCGGCCAGUCUGAUUGGGAGACGGUACGGAAGGACAAAAUGGUGCUGGGCGGGCGGCAAGAGUUUAGAAGGCAGUCUUGCAUUUGCGCUGGCCGUCACUUGCGGUCUAUAUACUUCCUGGAUCUGGCUUAGACUAGGUGGAUGGGCGGGCGUGGAUGUGUCCUGGAGUGCCAGCGACUCGGUUCCGACCACUGGCAGUCUCAGUGGGCAAACGCUUGCAAAGUGUCUGGUCGCUGGGGUGGGCGCGAGUCUGCUCGAAAGCACCUUGACUGCGGCCAACGACAAUGUCGUCGUGCCGGUUGGUCUGUGGUUGCUGGUCCGAGGGUUGGACAUAUAG